ACACAAAUCUGACACUAGACGUGAGGGAACAUGUGAUAUUGUUUUUAUUUACACCCCCCCCCCUUUCUCUAUCCCCCCCUCUCUCUCUUUCUUCUCUAUACACCAACGUGGAUCGCGUUGGUACAAUUUUGCACACUUGGUAAUCAUAUCAGGUACUCAAAACAUCUACAGAUUGCUGUCAGUGGAUGAGUGGCGGUCGUUGAGUAUAAUCAGUCAUUAUCAUUACAGCAAAUUGUUCUACGAUCUUGUGAUUAUACGUGUAUUUAACACCUUUUAAGUGUUGACAUCAAAACGUACGUUUCAAUCUUUUUUUCGACACUGCUUUUAUAAACCGUGGAUUCCAAGUGGACGUUUGUUUAUGCGAAAACGGAAUAUUGUUGUAAUCAUGCCGUUUUUUCUUCUCCGUUUACGGUGAAAUAGUACCUGUGUGAUAUAUCUUCCAUCACAAGGCAUCAAGACAAUCACACCUUUAUACAGGAGUUUCACGGCGAACAGCAGCUAUAGUGAAACACGGAAAGCGCGAAAUGCAAACAUCAUUCUGGAAAGUAAACCCCAUUCACUAAUGUUUAAUCAUCUUGUUAACACCAUCGAUGUACACGGAGCAGGAUAACAUUGGCAUGGAGGAAUUUCUCUCUCAGAUUUUCACACCAUGUUGACAAUGUUCAAGGAUCAUUCUCAGUGAAUUGAAAACUCAUUCGCUCAUUUAAAGUGUGUAAUCCCGUGAAGCAACCCUUUGGACAUCUGAUACAUUUUGGGCUAUUCAAACAUUGCGUCCUCCUGAUGUGAUAGUCAACACGGUUAAUGCACUGUUUGUUAACUUUAACAUCCAGGCGAGAUUUCUUGAUACAUUAAUUCUCUCUCAAAUCUGAACUGUAGCUUUUCACCAUCACCUGGUCUCUCAGAACUGUUCAUUCCUGAAUAGUUCACGUGUUGCAAUAAAGGCCAUCGGACAUGUUGGAAUGAAUUUGAAAUGAAUCUAUAGAGCAACGACAGAGUCCCGUUUUUUUAAUAGGCCUACUGAGUUUUAAACAUCUUGGUCUGGUUAGCUGCACUUGAACAGAGUUUUCAGAGCAAGGAGUGAAUCACUGUCUUGAUCAGUCAGAGAAAACAUCCCUGACCUUGAACUGGAAGUGCCGGGUUCUGAUCAUUUUAUAAUUAAGCGAUAUUGGGCUUGCAUUUGUUGCCGUCUGAAAACAUAUUAAUUUUUAUUUUGGAUUACCAUGUUUGAACCGAAAUUUUAGAGCAAGGAGCGAAUCACUUGAUCAGUCAGAUUAAAUAAACUUGAGAUACACGGGUAUGAACCCUUCCUAGAAGCGAUAUUUGUCGCCGUAAUAUUUCAUUCUGGAUAACUGUGUAUGAACCAAACAUUUAGAGCAAGGACCGAAUCACCUGAUCAGUCAGACUUAACAUCCCGGACCCUAAACUUGAGAUGCAUGGUUCAGAACCCUUCCUAAGCGACCUUGGGCUUGUACCCGUCGCCACCGGGGAGAGGGAUGCAUCGAUGCACCUCUACCGCCGCAAUAGCUGCCAUCAGGAAAGACUACAUCAGGAUCUCCAAAGGCUAAGGCAUCAGCAAGAACAAGUGUUGCGGAGAGCCAACCGUGAAAUCAUCGAUCUAAACUUGGAACAGAAAAAGCGCCGAGAGAAUCUAUACCGAACCCGACGUCGAUCGGAGUGCCUUGGUACUCUGCGACAUCCAGAUUCUACACAUGGUGAUCCCCACCCGUUCAGUAGAUAUCAAUCAAGCAGCCAGAGCAGUAUUCACAGAACGACCUCCCGCUCGCCAUCAUCACCGUCGUCGUCGACCAGCGGGUCGUUUUUACGACGUCGAGCAUCGAUCGACACCCUGACAAGUCUUCCACCGUUACCGCGCGCCACAACGACGACUGAAGCUUCAAACUCGAGUCCGGUUGAGCGUCCGAAAUCUACAUCGCCCGAGCAGCUGCAUUCGAGUUCAUCGACCUCGAUGACUACUAAAUCCUCGGCUUCGAUACAUGAGAUGUACAUGGACUCCAAGUCGAAGAAAGACUUCACGAGACUGAAGAAGGUGUCUGACCGAUGGCGCAACGCGGCGCAACAGGUCACCAACGUCGAUCGGACGGGCAAACCUCCUAUUCCGACGAGCUCGUUUGCCGGAUCGUCCACCGGAAAGGACCACGAGGUGCACAGGACGUCGAAGGUUUUCGACAGGUUGAGUAUGAAUACCAAAGCCACUGCGAUGUCCUCGGACAAUUUCCUUAAGGUGCUCAAGCACAAAUACAAGACUCAUGAUGCACCCUCGAAGACAUAGUGAAUACCCAUUUAAAGAUCCAGACCGGACCCGAAAAUGAAAUUGAUAAAUUAUAUACCAAUCGAAAGCUUAUAAGCUACUAAAUACAGCAAGGUACACUAUGCUUUAUGCAUUUUCACCGCUUCCCAGCUGAGUAUUUUGCUUGUGAAUAUUCCAAUUAUCGGGCUUCGAACCCCGCUUAGAAAAUAGGCUUUAUUGUGCUUUUCACCUGCCUCGAGACCGUGACGUCACGUUGUGUAAGAAGCGUCGUGAUUCCAUAGGUUUGUACACAGAAAAACUGGGUGAUUUUUUGCUUUCCAGAUUACGCAUUUCAUUCUCUUCACUUCUAUCACAGAGGGAUAUCACAUAUAUUUUUACCCACAAGCUUGAAUUUAUGAAAUCUACAGUUUUGAACUAGUUUUUGCCAUAUUUUAUUUCCUGCUUAUUUGGCGCAGAUUUCAAUUCUAUCUGCAUUUAGAUUAUGUAUAACAACUUUUCCUGACAUAGCAAUUUAGGCCCAAUAAGAGCCAAACAAAGAAAUCACAAAAAAGGUAGUGAAUAGUUGUAGGUUUACAACAAUUUGAACAGUGAAUAAUUUUGAGUGCCAUUUUCAUCUG